AUAAUUUUAUAACUUUGCAAUUUAUUGCCAACUUCAUGUUUAUAAAUUAGAUUCGCAUUUUGUGCGCGCCAAAGUUUCAGUUCUGGUAUGGAAUUUCACAGUAUUUGCUUAUAAAUUACAUUCAAAUUUAAUACACAAUUGUUAAUAUGAGCAAAUCGGAGGCUACCCGUGCCCUUAGUUUUGAUUUUAAUCAACAACUUGCCUUUAUAAGAUUCUACAACAAUUUGCCGGAGAAAUCAGCCUCGACCGUCCGUUUCUUUAACCAUGGAGAUUACUACUCGUUGCACGGCAAUGAUGCGUUCCUUGCAAUGGAGAAGAUCUACCACACCAAUUCGGUCAAGUACAUGGGGGAUGAACCGAAGCUGGCCUACGCAUGUUUCAGCAAAAACAAUUUCGAGAAAUUCAUCAGAGAUCUGCUAUUGGUUAUGCAGUAUCGCGUUGAGGUGUACGUGAAGGCGAGCCAAUCGAGGAACAAUGAUUGGACGUUAGAGUACAAGGGUUCGCCUGGUAACCUUCAGCAAUUCGAGGAGAUCCUUUUCGAUGGAUGUUCCGAACUGAUCGGAGGUUACGUGAUGGGCGUUAAGUUGUCUAAAAACAAUUUGCUUGGGGUCAGCUGUGCACACAUAGUCGAGGGAAUCUUUUGCGUCUCAGAAUUUACCGACAACGAAUUCUUCACGGAAUUGGAAGCCAUCGUUGCACAAAUAAAUCCAAAAGAAUGCGUGAUCCCAUUGGGCGAGUCCAUGGAGCUGAACAACUUGAAGUCCAUGCUGGAGCGCAAUAAUGUGCUCGUGGUAAAAACCAAGAAAGUCGAUUUCAACUCUGAGAACAUUUUCCAAGAUCUGAAUAGGUUACUGUACUUCGCCGAAAAUCAGCAGAGAAACGCUAUGUGUCUGGCUGAAACGAAGAACACCGAAGCCAUGGGCAGUUUGCAAGCUGUUAUCAAGUAUCUCAACUUAACAGGAGAUGAACAAAAUUUCAAUCAGUACAAUAUGAGGAAUAUGGAUGCACAUAGAUACGUUCGCUUAGAUUGCGCCGCAAUAAACGCUCUCAACUUGAUGCAUAAGUCGGGUUCCAACAUGGGCAAAAAUGACAGUGUGUACGGAGUUUUGAAUUGCUGCAGCACGCCGCAAGGGAAACGUUUGCUUGAGAAAUGGAUUAAGCAACCUUUGAAGGAUUUAAACCUCUUGAGCGAACGACAGGAUAUCGUGGAAUGUCUGGUGAAUGAUUCAGAAACCCGCGAAAUAAUCUGUUGUGGCUUGAACAAGAUCCCAGAUCUAUUAAUAUUAGCGAAGCGCUUGUGCUCGAAAAGAGCUAAUCUGCAAGACUGUUACAAGAUCUAUCAAAGCAUAGACAGUGUUCCAUCUUUGAUCUCAAUUCUAAGAAAAAUUAAUAACAAAUCGGUAAAUGCCAUGAUUGUGAAUCCAAUUGGAGACAUUUUAUCGGAUUUACAGAAGUUCCAAUCGAUGGUGGAGCAAACGAUCGAUUUGGAUUUAGUCGAUCGCGGAGAAUUUUUCAUCAAACCCAAUUUCGAUGAAGAACUCAAUGAUUUAUCCAAGCAAAAGAAGAAGCUGGAGGAGAAACUGCAAGGGCUGUUGCGCAACGUCGCCAAUGACUUGUGUUUUGAUGAAGGAAAAACCGUCAAGUUAGAUCGUACCGAUCAGUUAGGUUACUUCUUCAGGGUGACACUCAAGGAGGAACCUAUUUUACGCAAAAACAAGUCCAUCAAGAUCAUUGAUACCGUUAAAGGUGGAGUGAGAUUUUCCAACAACAAAUUACAAGAUUUGAACGAAAGCUACGAAGAAAUCAAAUCCGCUUAUGAGAAGCAACAAAAGACGGUCGUUUCUGAAAUAUUGGAAGUCGCAGCUGGAUAUGUAGAUACGUUAAGAAAUCUUAACUUGAGUAUUGCUGUUGUCGAUGUUUUGGUAUCGUUCGCAAAUGCUGCUGUAAAUGCACCAAACGCUUACGUUCGCCCUAAGCUUCUACCAGCUGGAUCAGGGAUUUUAAAGUUGAAAAGUGGUAGGCAUCCUUGCUUGGAAAAAUUCGAUGGCAUCAGCUGUAUACCAAACGAUGUUGAAUUCAUAAAAGAUGAGAAGGUGCUGCAAAUAAUAACAGGACCCAACAUGGGCGGUAAAAGUACUUUCAUGCGGAUGGUUGCCGUGAACGUUUUGAUGGCGCAAAUCGGAAGUUUCGUUGCAUGCGAUGAAGCAGAAAUCUCCUUGGUGGAUUGCAUUCUGGCUAGAGUUGGAGCGGACGAUUGCGAGUUGAAGGGGAUGUCAACUUUCAUGAUGGAAAUGGUGGAGAGUCGUGGAAUAAUCAAAAGCGCAACUUCCAACUCGUUAGUGAUCGUGGAUGAAUUGGGAAGAGGAACAUCCACCUACGACGGCUGCGGAAUAGCUUGGGCUGUUGCUGAGUAUUUGGCGAAAGAACUGAAAUCGUUUUCGCUCUUCGCCACUCAUUAUCACGAGAUCACACAGUUGGAAGAGGAAAUUCCUACGGUGAUAAAUCUUCACGUUUCGGCUAUUAUUUCGGAUAACACCAUCACACCUCUAUACACGAUGAAGGAAGGACCGUGCGACAAGAGUUACGGCAUACACUGUGCUAAAGUUGUACAAUUCCCAGAAGAUGUUAUAAAGUUUGCUACUAAAUACCAAGAAAAAUUGGAAGACGUUGAAGGCAUGAAAUAUAUCAAAGAUUUUGAUCCCAGUUUGAAAAGAAAGUUAAUUGACGAAGGGAACGGAAUGAUCGCCAAGGUUCUGAAUUUCAAAGGAAUAGAUGUUGCGAACUUAAGUGACGAUGAUCUAGAAGCGAAAUUAAAAAAGUUGAAGACAGAUUUGGCCAAGCAAGAUAAUUUAUAUAUCAAAGGCUUAAUUGGCGUUUAAUUUGUUCACUCUUCGCCUGCCAUUUCUUCUGGAUUCAUAGGCGCAAUGUCUUGAGGCUGUUCUUCCGCUUCUAAAAGAAAGUAUUAUUAUUAUUAUUUAUAGUUUUUAAUAAACGUGUUUAGAUUUUA